CCGGCCCCACCCGGCUCAGACGGCUCCGGACGCAAUCGCGAGCAAAGGCCGCUCCGCGGGCGCCUCGGAUCCCAGCGGGACCCCCGUCAGCGCGCCCCGUCGGCAGCCCUCCAUCCAGCGCCUCCCUUAGCCUGCGCAGUGGGCCCGAGCAGCCACCAUGUUCAGCUGGCAGAAGCGGAGCGGCGCCCGGGAACAGCAGCCCGAGGCCAUCCGCACGGUGACCUCAGCCCUCAAGGAGCUGUACCGCUCCAAGCUGCUGCCCCUGGAGGAGCACUACCGCUUCGGGACCUUCCACUCGCCGGCGCUGGAGGAUGCCGACUUCGACAGCAAGCCCAUGGUGCUGGUGGCCGGUCAGUACAGCACCGGCAAGACCACCUUCAUCCACUAUCUGCUGGAGCAGGAGGUGCCCGGCUCCCGCGUGGGGCCUGAGCCCACCACCGACUGCUUCGUGGCCAUCAUGCACGGUGACACUGAGGGCACCAUGCCCGGCAAUGCCCUCGUCGUGGACCCCGACAAGCCCUUCCGCAAACUCAACCCCUUUGGGAACACUUUCCUUAACAGGUUCAUGUGCGCCCAGCUGCCCAACCAGGUGCUGGAGAGCAUCAGCAUCAUCGACACGCCGGGCAUCCUGUCGGGCGCCAAGCAGAGGGUGAGCCGCGGCUACGACUUCGCGGCCGUGCUGCGCUGGUUCGCCGAGCGCGUGGACCUCAUCGUCCUGCUCUUCGACGCGCACAAGCUGGAGAUCUCCGACGAGUUCUCGGAGGCCAUCGGCGCCCUGCGGGGCCACGAGGACAAGAUCCGCGUGGUACUCAACAAGGCCGACAUGGUGGACACGCAGCAGCUGAUGCGCGUCUACGGAGCGCUCAUGUGGGCGCUGGGCAAGGUGGUGGGCACGCCCGAGGUCCUGCGCGUCUACAUCGGCUCCUUCUGGUCCCAGCCUCUCCUGGUGCCCGACAACCGGCGCCUCUUCGAGCUGGAGGAGCAGGACUUCUUCCGCGAAAUCCAGGGCCUGCCCCGCCACGCGGCGCUGCGCAAGCUCAACGACCUGGUCAAGAGGGCCCGGCUGGUGCGGGUUCACGCAUACAUCAUCAGCUACCUGAAGAAGGAGAUGCCAUCUGUGUUCGGGAAGGAGAACAAGAAGAAGCAGCUGAUCUUCAAGCUGCCCGUGAUCUUUGCUAAGAUUCAGCUGGAGCACAACAUAGCUCCUGGGGACUUUCCUGAUUGCCAGAAGAUGCAGGAGCUGCUGAUGGCACAUGACUUCACCAAGUUCCACUCGUUGAAGCCGAAGCUGCUAGAAUCGCUGGACGAGAUGCUGACGCACGACAUCGCCAAGCUCAUGCCCCUGCUGCGACAGGAGGAGCUGGAGAACACCGAGGUGUGCGUGCAGGGGGGCGCGUUCGAGGGCACCCACAUGGGCCCCUUUGUGGAGAGGGGGCCCGACGAGGCCCUGGAGGACGGUGAGGAGGGCUCGGACGACGAGGCCGAGUGGGUGGUGACCAAAGACAAGUCCAAAUAUGACGAGAUCUUCUACAACCUGGCGCCCGCCGACGGCAAGCUGAGUGGCUCCAAGGCCAAGACCUGGAUGGUGGGCACCAAGCUCCCCAACUCAGUGCUGGGGCGCAUCUGGAAGCUGAGCGACGUCGACCGCGACGGCAUGCUGGAUGACGAGGAGUUCGCCCUGGCCAGCCACCUCAUCGAGGCCAAGCUCGAGGGCCACGGGCUGCCUGCCAACCUGCCCCGCCGCCUCGUGCCGCCCUCCAAGCGACGCCACAAGGGCUCGGCCGAGUGAGCCGGCUGCCCCCCGCUGGCCCUCCCUCUCACUUGCCUGGCUGUGGCUCCCCAGCUCCCGUCAGCUGCACGCACAUCCCCUCCCCAGCCUUCAUGCUCUCUGCCGCACUGUAAGGACCAGCCGUCUCCCUGUCCCCCCACCCCCGCCCAGACACCUGGGUCACAGCGUUUAGUGGGGCCCUGGGGGAGGGACAAGGCUUCGCUGCCCACCUGUCCUUACACUCUGCCCUCACACCAACACUAACGCACACAGGCAUCCAGCAUGCUUCAUUCAUUCAGAUAUUUAUUGAGCACCUUCUCUGUGCUGGACGCUGGGAAAUACAGCAGAGAACAAAACAAAGACGUCUGCCCUUGUGCAGCUGACAUUCUCAGGAGGGGAGGGCACCAUAAGAGACACACACACACACACACGGAGGGGAGGGCACCAUAAGACACACACACACACACACACACACACACGGAGGGGAGGGCACCAUAAGACACACACACACACACACACACACACGGAGGGGAGGGCACCAUAAGACACACACACACACACACACGGAGGGGAGGGCACCAUAAGACACACACACACACACACACACACACACACACACACAGCCCUAACCAGGCUGACUUCUGACGCUGGGAGGGAUCCCUUGCUUCUCCCCACAAGUUAGCAGCUUCUUGAUUGCUCUGACAAACAAGCCCCCAUGACCUGAGCUAGGCUCAGGUCUGGGACCACUGGGGGCUCAGAGAGGAGACAAACUUCUGCUUCUUCAGAUGGUCCCCACCUCGUUCUGGUAACACCACGUCUCUAAUAAGGAUCCUGCAGCACAUAGAAUAGCCCUUUCCACCCUUGCUCCUCCCAGGCUGUGCCCACCGUGAGGUGUUUCUGUUCUCCAGCCCCCCCCCCCUCCCGGCCCACAGUGGAAUGCGCAGCCUGGGCCCGUCCCCUGCAGGCUCCGGAUUUUAGGACUCUUGGGACACCCUGCCCGCCAUCAGUCCGUAUUUAAGUAGAGCCCCGCCCAGACAGAAAGGUCGUUAUUUUAGCCCGUCCCUUUCUGGGAUGUCGUGGGGGGUGGUUCUUGGUGCUACACCCUCCUCCCCCUUUCAAUGUGAUCUCUCAUCCCCCACGCCUUUUUCCGCCGUCACCACAUAUUAGUGCUUGACCCUGGCAGGGGCCCCAUGGAAAAGAUGGGAAAGAGAGACCUGAUGCCCUCUCCGGGCUGCUUGCUGGGAUUCCCACGCCCACCAGCGACCCCGCCCGGGGCUGGGAGGGGCCUGUGGACGGAAUUGUGUUCCCACAGAGCGAAUAAAGUCAAGGUUUCUUCCCGC